AUGUACUUUGACCCGACGUUUUCUCGGCAACCGGCGAUGUCCUUACACGCUCAUCUCCAUUUACACCACCCCUCGCAAACUAUUGCCCAGAUGACCUCCCCCGCUGGUCGAAACAGCACUUGCAGUCCAGCACAAUGCAAUCCAAUAUCACAAUGGAAGCCGUUUAUACGUGCAGAGAGAUCUUUCUACGGCUGUCCGCGACGUUUUCCGACCAUCCAUCAAAUAGAUGUCAUUAACUUAAUAUUGGUCGCCCGUAAUCUGGUGCCGCAUAAUGCGAACUAA